UAUCGCAGCAUACCACAGGGAGAUGAACCAGCUUCUAUAUCUAAACAUCUAACUGACUGGAAUCUUCCGAAGAAGAGGUCGUCUUUGUGGGAUACGAGCUCUGAGAUAGCCAGUGUUGCAGAAGUACAUACUCAUUUGUUCUGUUCAGUCGAUCUACCCGUCUCAAGACAGGGGUGGACUGUCUCGUGAAAGCACUUCUGGUACGGGACAAUCCAUAUUCACUACCUACAAUAUCGUGCAGGGGUCAACAGCGAAAGUGAUCAAUGGGCGGACUACUUCGAAGCCUCUAGAAUCUUCGAUCGACGUCUAGGACAUUCGAUUACUAUGAAGUGUCCCUUGUCUUGUCACUUCUGGCUGUGUUCAGGCUGCUCUUGAUAUCACUUUGGUCGCAUCAACCCGUGUCCUUUGUUUUAUUGUCACCUGCGACGUGAUCCAAAGCGACGUGAGCUGCCUUGUCACGCAGAGGCAUACACGCUAGCGUGACGCUGUACCUAUGGGUAUAAAGUUUCGUUCACAGUUCCUUCUUCCUCUUCCCUCUUUUCUUCUUUUCUUCUUGUUCGUCACACCGUUCUCUCAGGUCUCUUAGACUGUCCAAGUGUAUGGACACUGGACAUUAAAGUCACCUGAAGCAAGACGCGGAACAGCAACCAUGAGCGACCACGAGGGCGAAGGCCUGAACCUUGACCGCUGGGAGGAAGCCAGCCUGCCUGGAGCAACUUCCUACUCAUACGCUCCCUCAGAGGCCAUCAACAAAGGAAUCGCAGCUGUCGAUGGAGGCUUUGCCCAACCUGCAGGAGCACGUGGAGCCCGAGCCUAUGUGCCCAGAGGUCAACCUGGCGUUGCAGCAGAGACUUCUGGCCGUCCAGCACAACAACAUUCCCAUGAGGCUCACCAAGUUCGAGGUGGUCCCAGCGGUAGACACGUCGCAUCAGGAAGACCCCCUGUGAACAAGAGUGCCGCACAGAUCCGUUAUGAGGGCGGCAUUCCCCCAGAUGCAGAGUAUCAUCUCCCUUCAAACUGGCGAGCUCAGAAGACCAAGACCUUGAGAAUGGAUCGAUCCAGUCGACCACACCCGCUGCGCACGCUACAAGAUAUCAUGUUGAAAUUCGGCACCUACAUCAAGAAGCCAGAAGAACGAGAUGACAGGCUAUUCAUUUGGGGCACACAACAGCAGAUUAUCGACACCAAGGCUGCUCUUGAAAAGUGGCAGGAAGAACUCAGCAAGAGUAAAGACAAUAACCCGAGGUUUGCCAAAUCUACUGCCGUCGACGGUCGCUUAGAGCAUCGCGUUGAACGACAGAGCAAAAAGCAGGCAUUCUAUGACCUCUUGAAGCAGGCCUCGAUCGACUAUCAAUUCGAAGCUGCUUUCCUAUGGCCUCGGGAGCUGGACAUCGAAGAGUUCGCCAACCACCAUGCUGAUACUCUAGAUCAACUCAGAAGCACCUACAACUGCUACAUCGGCUUCCACGCUGAGGGGGUUCAGCACAUCACCAUCGGGGCGCACUAUGAGAAGGAUAUCAUGAACAUCAUGAAACGAGUGUUGAACCUCAUCAAGGAGCUUGUUGGUCGACGAGAUCAACUGACGAGCGUCAAUCUUGUUCAACUUCCCGACUUUUCAGUCUACCGGGAUCGUGUUGGACUCGAAGACAAGGACCCCCUGAGCGACUCCUAUCUUCCAACCCUGCAUGGCAAGCCGGCACCAGACGAAGCUGAAUGGGCGAAGGAACGUCGACUCACUAACAUCAACAACCGCAAGAAGAUGAAGAAGACAAUGGACGCAGCAAUCAAGCGACUUCGAAUCUCCCAACAACACGUGCGUAUGAGGGUCGUGUUUGGAGAGCUAGGGUUCAAGUUGUUCCAGAAGCCGUCCGAUGGCUCGACUACGUACUCCUUCGAAGACUUCUACCUCAUGGCCACCAAAGGUCGCAGCAAGCUUAGUAUGAACAGCCUUCCGGUUCGACAGGGCGACAUUACCGAACUAGCCGACAUUCUUGAUGGCAUGGAGGAGUUUCAUGAUGCGGUCGAAUCUUAUGGCGCAUACUUCGAUUUCCCAGCUGCAAACAGCCAGACAAUUCUUCGCUUGGAAACCGUCAUCAACCCAAUCGGCGACGACAGCGACGAAUACGAAAUGCUAGGACGUCGUUGGGUCGAAAUCGAUCAAAUGGUCUCUCGCCUUCAACUCAGUGUUUUCAACUUCGAACGGCCCGACUACCAGAUCACAAUGGACGCUUUUCCCAUGCACGUGAACAAAGCUCGCUCCCAGAUGAUGGCACAGUUUGGAAACAACAUCAGUUUCAUCCGUCCUAAGGAUGGCAUCAAAGCCAUGCCUCAUCGUCGCAUCAGAUAUCCUGCAGGACAGAGGGGUCUUACAACCGUCUCGGAGAUCACAGUGAAGAAGUGGCGAUUCAAGGACACCGACGCAUUCUUCGAGCUUCGCCGCAAGGAGGUCUACGAUGACAGAAUUACUCAGUACUCUCCUCACCCGGUCGAGACCAAGUGGCACGCCUUGUACUACUACCCCGAAUGGGACAACCUGAUGGGCGAAUUUGCAAAUGUCCAGGCAGGCGAGGACGUGACCUGGGUCAGAUCCGUCGCAACGUUCUUCCCUGAAGGCGGUGUCGACGAUGGCCGAGCUUUGCCUCUCGGGUUCAAGAAGUUCGUCAGCGAGGUUGAGGAGCUGCAGGAUCUGUUGGCCAAAGCUAUGAACCAAAUCGCCGCAGGUGCAGGUACCAGCAGUGAGGGCGAUGGUGCGACCAUGGUCAAUGGAGCCAGUUCGUCCACCAUGAUCAGUCAGAACGGACAGGCGUGAGGAUGAGGCGCAGUCAGUCAACGCCCGCGAUGGCCUUAAUCAGACAAGGAAUGGUCCAGAAGCCGUGCUGUGUACCUGGCAUGCUUAUGGGGAAGGGUAAAGUUGACAAGGGAGAGGCGCUUAUCCGUCACAGUUUCAGACGGUUCUGCAUGUGCAUUGAGACCUUAGCGUCUAUCAAGGUACAAUCGGUACCACUGGCAAAGAAUGCCAGCUAUGAGUUUUCUUUUUUUCCUUCCUAGUUGAUGAGCGCGAGUGCAAAAGUUUCUAGAAUGAGAACAGAGAUACCAAAAAUGCAAGUGCUUCUAAGCCAACAUCGGCCCCAAAGGUAGUUUCACAACCG